AUGACGACGUAUAUGAAGCUGGUGAAGGGCGCGACCAAGAUCAAGAUGGCGCCGCCCAAGCAGAAGUACAUCGAGCCGAUCAUAUUGGGCACGGCAGACCCUGGGGAGUUCCGCGAGGUGGUGCGGGCACUCGAGACGAGGAUCUCGGACACCGCCUGGACGGUGGUGUACAAGACGCUGAUCGUGGUGCACCUGAUGAUACGGGAGGGCGACCGGAACGUGGCGAUCCGGUAUUUUUCAACACAUCUUUCGUUCUUUGAGCUGAGCGAGAUCGAGCGGGCGGGCCGAUGGGCGUCCGCGGACUUGCGAGCGCUGGAGCGGUACGACAGGUACCUGCUGACGCGAUGCGAGGAGUUCGAGGCGACCGGGGUCGACUACGUGCGGGAGGGAUACUCGGGCCUGAAGUCGGUGGCCGGGUCGGGCGGCGUGCGGCGCGCGCUCGAUCACGUGGGGUCGCUGGAAACGCAGAUUCAGGCCCUGAUCAGGAACCGGUACUCGCAGGCGGACCUGUCGAACGAGCUGCUGCUGUGCGGGUUCCGGCUGCUGGUGCAGGAUCUGCUGUCGCUGUACAAGUGUCUGAACGAGGGGAUCAUCACGCUGCUCGAGGCGUUCUUCGAGCUUACGCGGGCGGACGCGCAGCGAACGCUCGAGCUGUACAAGGCGUUUGUCGGGCUCACGGACGACGUGGUCAAGUACCUCAAGUCGGGCAAGGCGGUCGGCAUGAAGAUCCCCGUGAUCAAACACAUCACCACAAAGCUUAUCCGGUCGCUGGAGGAGCACCUGCGCGAGGACGAGAAGACGCACAUCACUUUCAGCAAGGACGCGCCCGAGUCCGGCACGUCGAUCGCGCAGAAGAAGCUCGAGCAGAUAAGGAAACAGAAGAAACUGCUGGAACAGCAGUUGCAGAACCAGCAGUUGCUCGUGUCGCCAACGGUGCAACAGCAGCCGUACAACCCGUUUGGCGCGCAGCAGGCGGACACCUUCACGUUCGAGCAGCAGCCCACGGGCAACCCGUUCCUGAACGCGAACGGCGUGCCGCAGCAGGCGACCGGUUUCUACUCCACAAACCAGGUGACCCCCGCCUUCACGGGCGCCGGGUUCGGAGGCUACUCGAACACCCAGAACCUGCACCCCUCGCGAACCGGCUCCAACAACCCGUUCACCGCAGAGACGCCGCACGAUCUGCUGAACCCGUUCACACAACCCAAUCUUCCGCAGCAGCCGCAGCCGCAGCCACAGAUACAAAAUCCCUUCCAGCAGCCGCAGCCACUCAUGCCCUCGCAGACGGCACCCAGUCUCGUGCCCGCCUCGAACUUCGACACAACGGCCUACAACCAACUGGGCAUGGUACAGCAGGGCACCGGGUACAACCCGUUCCAGCUGCAGCAGAUCCAGCAGCAACAGCUGCAAGCGCAGCAGCAGAUGCAGAUACAGCAGCAACACCACCAGCAGCAGCAGCAGCAACAAAUGUACAACCAAAAUCCUAAUCUCAUCGACAUAUAA